AUGUCACAUUAUGUGAAACCAACACUGAACAAGAAGCCUGACCAGAUCAUUUUACAUGCUGGUACCAACGACAUUGGAAAACUAUCCCCUAGCGAAAUCGCCGAUAAUAUCGUUAACCUAGCGAGGGAAAUUGAAAGCUCCAUGGAUGCCCAAGUAAUGAUACCAGAGCUGGUCACAAGAUCGGACCUCUCAGCUAGCGGCGAUGUUGAUGCUGUCAAUAAAAGGCUUCGAAAAUUCUGCAAUCAGCGUCAGUGGCACUUCAUACGCCACGAUGACAUUCACUCUACGGACCUAAAUAGAGGAGGACUUCAUCUUGGUGAGACAGGUAUUGCCAAAAUGUAUAACAACUUCACGAAUAAAUUAGAUGAAUGUAAUUGACCUAGUCGCCGUUCGUUUAAUUCAGAGCGUAAUCGCGACCUUGGAAAUCUAAUCGUUUCUCAUGAACUUCUCCCGUCUAAACGAGGCUUUAAAUUGGCCUUGCUAAAUAUUAAUAGUCUAUCUGCGCACAUUGACGAACUAAGAAUUUUGCUUUCCGACAGACCUAUCGAUAUCUUAGCCAUAAACGAAUCUAAAUUGGAUGACACAAUAAGCGAUAAUGAAAUUCAUAUUUCUGGCUAUGAAUCUAUUCGUAGCGAUCGCUCUACCAACGGUAGGUCUGGAGGCGGUGUUUGUUUUUUUAUUCGUUCUGAAAUCAAUUAUUCUGUUCGCUCUGACCUAAUAUGUGAACACUUAGAAAGUCUGACUGUCGAAAUCAAGAAACCCAGGUCAAGGCCUUUUGCCGUUAUGACCUGGUAUAGACCCCCUGAUUCUUCUAUUGAUCUUUUUAAACCAUUUGAAGAACUUAUUGGAAAACUAGACUCUGAAAAUAUCGAAUAUUACGUCUUAGGAGAUCUGAAUUGUAAUAUGGCCGCACCUAAGUUUGACAACAGUACAAAUAUCUUAUCUAAUAUUGCUGAAGUUUACGGCCUUGAUCAGUUAAUAACCGAAUAUACUAGAAUUACCGACAAAUCAUCUACUCUAAUUGAUCUAAUUUUUCACAAAUACUCCAGAUAUGCCUUCCGUAAAGUUUCUAUAGAAUCGACAACGUAUAAGCAUACUACCCUGAGAUAUAGGAAAUUUAAGAAUUUUAACUCUGAUCACUUUCGCAACGAUAUAUGUCAACAGGAUUGGAGUAACAUCGAAAACUAUUCUGAUCCUAAUUUAAUGUGGGCUGCAUGGAAACAACUAUUCCUGGAAUGCGUAAAGAAGCAUGCCCCACUUCAUGUAAAACGGGCUCGCGCCUGA